AUGGACAAGGCACGCGCGAGGGGCGCAGCGCAUCGACGUGCAGGCGCUCGCCAGUGGGGUGCGCGGGCUGGGCUGGGCUGGGCUGGGCCUGGAGAGAGUGAAGCCCGUCCGGUGGCUCUCUGCUCGCCGAAGCCCGCGCGCGCGUCUCUCCCCUGCGGCGCCAGUGCAGGCGCCCAUUUCGGCUCGUCCGCUGGAUCGCAUGGCAGCGGCCAUUGGGCGCAACGCAGCCACCGCGACACCACCAUCCAAUCUCUCUUUCUAUCUUUCUCUCUCCUCUUCACCUAUCCGCCACCUGCUGCUGCUGCUCUCUGCACCUGCAUCCUUGUCCAGCAUCUGCUCCGCAUCUGCACCGUCCAUCCGCUCCGGUUAGCCAACGGGUCUCGUGCAGCGCAAUCACCCUCAGCCCCAUCAUCGGACGACGCAGUCUCGGACGCAGCCCGUCUCUCCAGCAUUGUUCGAUUCGAUAUUGCGAGGCACAAGCCAAUCCCAUCGCCCCACGCUUCCACUUUGAACGCUGCCUCUAUCGCUACAGCUCGCGCCUCGGAAGCCUGUCACGCCUCCGAUCCACGGCAUCCUCAACCAACCGCAUUCUUCGCUGUUGCUCCCGCGUUCCACCUAAAGAAUUGGCGACAUGUCGAUCGACAAUCGCUCGGCAAGGGCGACUCGAAAGACGCCAUGCAGACCAUCAAGUGCGUCGUCGUCGGAGACGGUGCGGUCGGUAAGACCUGCCUGUUGAUCUCGUACACCACCAACAAGUUCCCGUCCGAGUACGUGCCCACGGUGUUCGACAACUACGCCGUGACGGUGAUGAUCGGCGAGGACCCGUACACGCUGGGACUCUUCGAUACCGCGGGCCAGGAGGACUACGACCGACUGCGACCGCUGUCGUACCCGCAGACGGACGUGUUCCUGGUGUGCUUCUCGGUCACCUCGCCAGCGUCGUUCGAGAACGUCAAGGAGAAGUGGUUCCCCGAGGUGCACCACCACUGCCCCGGUGUGCCGUGCCUGAUUGUAGGCACGCAGGUGGAUCUGCGCGACGACCACGCGGUGAUCGAGAAGCUGGCGCGAUCCAAGCAGCGUCCCGUGCCGUUCGAGGCGGGCGAGCGCUUGGCGAGAGAGCUGGGCGCGGUCAAGUACGUCGAGUGCUCGGCGCUGACGCAGAAGGGAUUGAAAAACGUGUUUGACGAGGCGAUCGUCGCGGCACUCGAGCCACCUGUCAUCCGCAAGAAGUCCAAGUGCGCCAUCCUCUAG